AUGAAACAUAUAAUCAUUUCGAUCAGAACCAAUAGUCGUACCUAUGCUAUGAUGCAUUGCAUAGGUGAACUUGGAACGACGACAUGCAAUAUAAAUGGAGAUAACUUGUGCGUGAAACGAUCAUCAGCUCUAGGUUGUACUCUUUCAGGAUGCAGUGAAGCAAGUCGAGAUAUCGCUCGACUUGAGAAGAUUUUCGCUGAAUUCCUUAGACCACUGAAUGAGGUUGCAUCGAAAUUGACCGAGGUUGAGCGACUGCUGAAGACACAAUGUCCAAGAGCGUUAGAUGAUUACAGUGAAUGUUCGAAAUUCUUGAAAGAAGCGAAAGCGCUCGAAAAGAGUUUGGAAGAUCAGUGUUCGGAUUUACACAAUGGAAGAGGCAAUGGAGCAGGCUAUGGAAACGGUGGUAACGGGAAUGGCCAAGGAAAUGGUUAUGGCAAUGGCGCAAACGGAAAUGGAAGAGGAGGUGGCCGUAACGGAAAUGGAAGAGGUUACGGUAAUGGAAAUGGUAAUGGCUACGAUAAUGGAAAUGGUAAUGGCUACGGUAAUGGAAAUGGUAAUGGCUACGGUUACGGUAAUGGUCACGGUGGACAGUUUAACGGCUACAUCAUAGUCUGGCUCGGGCUCGGUAACAUCAGUGACAUUGGUGCACCAUUCGAUUUCAAGCAAAACUUCUCCUUAUCGCUCAGUCUCCAUCGAAUGGUUGUGCUGAGCGCACACAAUGUGAAUUUGAUCUCGCGCACACAGUGUGAAAUUGAUCUGACGAGUGUUAAACACCACAAUCAGAGUAAACUGAUCUAUGUGGAAUCAUAA